AUGGUAUCCAAAGUUUCAAAACCUGCUUCAAGUUCAUCUACUACGGAAAAGGCUCAACCCAUUUCUUCCCCUAAUGUACCAGCCCCGGCCACAAUAAAUCCACCUCCACCUGCGCCAGCCCCUGAAGUUUCAUCAACACCUGUUCCAUCAACAGCUCCCACUUCAACCCAGACUAAUCCUCUUCCAGCCCCAACUCCAACGUCUCCCCCAGCUUCUACACCUUCACAGCCUUCACAACCUACACAACCAACGCAAAUGUGGGGCAAUGCUAGUGCUUUUGUCGCCGGAGAUGAGCUUGAAAGUACAAUACAAAGUAUUAUGGAAAUGGGAUUUGAUCGUCAUGAAGUAGAGAGAGCGUUGCGUGCUAGCUAUUUUAAUCCUGAUAGAGCUGUUGAAUAUUUGAUGACUGGAAUUCCUGAAACUGUGGAAUCUACCACUCAAUCUGCUCCCACUAGUGGACAAACACAGUUAUCUGCACCUGUAACAGUUCUAGAUCCUUCCCCUAAUUCAAAUACAGCUUCUACCCCGGCAUGUAUAAAUCAUCCGCAAUUUCAGCAAUUGCGACAGGUUGUCCAACAAAAUCCCGCACUUUUGCAACCAUUGCUUCAACAAAUUGGGCAAUCAAAUCCUCAACUAUUACAGCUUAUUAAUGCCAAUCAACAAACUUUUCUGGAGCUUUUGAAUGAAAGUUCGGGCGAUCAACCGACAACAGGUGAAGGAAAUCUUCCUUCCCCUCACUACGUUUCUGUUACCCAGGAAGAAAAGGAAGCGAUUGAUAGAUUGGAAGCUUUGGGAUUUGAUAGAGCACAUGCUAUCGAGGCUUUUCUUGCAUGUGAUCGAAAUGAGGAAUUAGCAGCCAACUAUCUUUUUGAUCACAUGAAUGAUGAAUAA